CCCGGCCCAGAAGGCCCUGCAGGACCUGCCCGCGCGCCGAUCCGAGUUGGGGCGCGCCGUCCAGCCGCACCAUGAGCGACCCCGCCGCGACCCCCAUCUUCGCGCCCGGCGAGAACUGCAGCCCCGCGUGGCAGGCGGCGCCCGCGGGCUACGACGAGGCGGACACGCACCUGCGCAUCCUGGGCAAGCCGGUGAUGGAGCGCUGGGAGGCCCCCUACAUGCACGCGCUGGCGGCUGCCGCCGCCUCCCGAGGAGGCCGCGUCCUGGAGGUGGGCUUCGGCAUGGCCAUCGCAGCCUCCAAGGUGCAGGAGGCCCCCAUCGAGGAGCACUGGAUCAUCGAGUGCAAUGAUGGCGUCUUCCAGCGGCUCCAGGACUGGGCCCGGCAGCAGCCACACAAGGUCAUCCCCUUGAAAGGCCUGUGGGAGGAGGUGGCACCCACCCUGCCAGACGGUCACUUUGAUGGGAUCCUGUAUGACACGUACCCAUUGUCGGAGGAGACCUGGCACACGCACCAGUUCAGCUUCAUCAAGAACCACGCCUUUCGCCUGCUCAAGCCGGGGGGCGUCCUCACCUACUGCAACCUCACCUCCUGGGGGCAGCUGAUGAAGUCCAAGUACUCUGACAUCACCACCAUGUUCCAGGAGACGCAGGUGCCCGCGCUGCUGGAUGCAGGCUUCCGGAGGGAGAACAUCCGCACGGAGGUGAUGGCGCUGGUACCACCGGCGGACUGCCGCUACUACGCCUUCCCGGAGAUGAUCACGCCCCUGGUCACCAAGCACUGAGCCCACCACCCUGCGGUCUCUGGACUUCCGGACAACCCCAUGCCGCCCCCACUCAGUGCCUUGGUGGCCAGGUGCCUGGGGCCCUGGCCUCUCGAAGGCCCAAGCCGUGUCACUGCAGGGAAGGCUGCCGCCACCCUUCCGGGGCCUCAAGGUUGAAAUAAACACUGCCGCUGGGCGUGGCCUGUCAGUAGUGA